AGUCCGCAAAUUGAGGCGCUGAUAGAGGCUGUUAUUUUACACAGCUGCGGUCAGUCCAGGAGGGGAGCCGAGGGUUUGGGUUUUUAACAUUUUCUACGGUAUGAUUUGUUUUUAUUGGUAGCCAUGGGUGAACUCCGGAGGCUCUUCUCUGCUUGUGACGUGAACAAGUCCGGGAUGAUCGAGUACGAGGACUUCACGGUGGUCUGCCGGGAGCUCGGAGUCCCCGAAGCCGAGAUCCAAACUCUGUUCGACAAGUUCGACGCUCACGAACAGGGAUACAUCGACUUUGAGAAGUUUGCGUCCAGGUUUCAGGAGGUUUCAGAGACUCUGAAUUUGGCUUCUUUUGGCUCUGGAGCUUCACAAGCCUCAGGCAGUCCGUGGGAAGAGUUUGUGAGCCGGAUAGAUGGGGACUGUCUUCUCUCAGAAAGUCUCAGGGAGCAACUGGCUGAUCUUUACCAGGCCAUUCACUCCUCUGCAAACAUAAAUCUGCUGCAGCCGUAUGAAGAAAUCAUCCGUGCUCUGACCAGUCAAAGCCUGGACAACAGACUGGAGUGUGAACAGCUGGAGACCAGUUUGAGGCGAGCCGAGGAGUCAAUCAGCAGUCAGCUGACUGAGCUGGAGGACGAUUUACAACAACAACUCGCUGCAACAGAGGAAAGAGUGAGAGACGAGGAGCGGAAGAAAAUGGACGGAAUUAUGGCUACCAUGCAGAGAAAGCAUGAGAACGAGGUUGCAGACCUGCAUGCCACAUUGGACAGACUGCUGAAAAGCCGAGAGGAGUCUCAGCUAAACCAGACAAAGGAGGAGGUGAUGACGUUGAACAGACAAAUCGGUGAUCUCUCACAGGAAAACGAGCAGCUGCGGGGCUCUCUCCUGCAGGCCCAGACAAACGCCGCCAUCCUGCACUCAGAGCUGGACAAACUGAAGAACAUGUAUGCAGAUCAGAAAGCUCAACAUGAGAGAGAAACAGAGGACCUGAAGAGGAUGGUGAUGGAAUACCAGUCGUACUCCAAUCAGAUUCAGGUCCUCCAGGAGAUGAAUAAAAAGCUGUAUGACAGUAACGAUGGGCUGCGCUCAGCACUGGCCAGUGAGGUGGUCGCAGGUAAAAGGAGGCUGUCUCCCCAGAAUGAAAUCCCAGCUAGAAGGAUGAAACCCCUCCGACAGAGCACACUCAACCAUGGCAGCUUGGAGCAGGAUCCCGGCAAAGCCUACUCUCAUGUGGCCACCUGGGCCGAUAAGUACCUGGACAGCGGAGUUUCCUUGCCAAUGGACACGGCCGAGAUCUCAGGCAGCGAUUAUGACAGCGAUGACAGCAGGAGCUCGACGGAAACGGUGCACCACAGCUACUCAUAUGUCCCAUCUGAUGUGGAGAUAUCAGAGGUGAAAUCUGACGCUGCAGUGUCAGUGACUCCCAGCAGGGCAAACUCCAUUGCUUCAUCCCUACGAAGACGGUUGUCUGCCUUCUCCGCAAAGCCAUUAGAAGCAGACAUGGAAGAAACAGAUGAACCUGCCCCGAUGUAUCGUCUGGUUUUAGCUGGAGACGCCGGAGCUGGAAAGUCGAGCUUCCUGCUGAGGCUGACGCUCAACGAGUUCAGAGGAGACAUUCAGACAACGCUGGGUGUUGAUUUCCAAAUAAAGAGGAUGCUGGUGGAUGGAGAGAGGACGUGUCUGCAGAUAUGGGACACAGCUGGCCAGGAGAGGUUCCGUAGCAUUGCCAGGUCCUAUUUCCGGAAAGCUCAUGGAAUCCUGCUGCUCUAUGAUGUUUCUUCAGAAAGCAGUUUCCUUAACGUCAGAGCGUGGGUGGAUCAGAUUCGGGAUUCAGCAGACGAAAAAAUCCCCAUGUGUGUUAUUGGAAACAAGGUGGACCUCCGAGAGCAGCUUCCAGAGGGAAGCUGUGUGAGCAGUUUGCACGGAGAAAAGUUGGCCAAGGCGUACGGUGCUUUGUUCUGCGAAACCAGUGCCAAAGAGGGAACCAACGUCGUGGAGGCUGUGCUUCACCUAGCAAGAGAAGUAAAGAAAAAUGUUAAACUGAGGCGGCAAGAUUCUCAGGUCAGACUCAGUCAGAACAACCCAAAGAAGGCUCUUAACAGCUGCUGUGGACUGUAGACGACUGAUGCAUGUAGACGGGGCGAUGAAGGACACCGUGCCACUUUUAUUUUCUGUAAUGAAGAAUCCAAUUUCUACUGCAAGGACACUGUCUUGAUAUUUAACUUCAGCAUAUUUCACCCAUGAAGCUUAAAUGUAGUUUCAUAAAUGUUAAUCCUCUGAUCAAACUGAAGGUUGCUUUUGUUGGAAAAUUUCACACGUACAAAUAUACAUGUAAUAUAAUCAAGCUUAUAUUUUUCUAAAAUUUUGUAUUUAUUUUCUAGUAAUUUUAUGAACUAAAUAAGGAACAUUAAUGCCUAAACGGAGAUUUUUAACGGUUUUACCAGCUUAAUGCACUUUCAUUUCCUUUGGGACCAUAUUUCUUUGACUGUGGUGUUAUUUUUUUUAAAAACAGACAAAAGGACAGCUCACAUUUUAAGAUUUUUUUUAUUAUAAGCAUCAGUGGAAGCAAUAUUGCAUUGCAGUUAAAACCUCUAAAGGGAGCACUGAUCAAAUAUUUCACAUUUGUGAUGUUUACAGUGUUAUUCAUUUACUUACGUUACUUUUCGAUUAAUUAUUUGGUUAGUCUUUCCAAGACUUCCACGUCCACUGGAUUUAGUUUUU